AUGGCCCGGGAGCUGAGCCAGGAGGCACUACUGGACUUUCUGUGCGAGGCCGGGGGCCGAGUGACCAAUGCCGCUUUGCUGAGCCACUUCAAGAGCUUCCUCCGAGACCCCGACGCGUCCCCCAGCCAGCACCAGCGCCGCCGGGAGCUCUUCAAGGGCUUUGUCAACUCCGUCGCCGCAGUGCGCCAGGACCCCGACGGCACCAAGUACGUAGUGCUUAAGAGGAGGUACAGGGACCUUUUGGGGGAGGAAGGGCUGCAACAACCCGGCGACCCGCCCACGGCCGCCGCCCCUGCAGGGGGUGCUGCGCCCUACUCCCCGCGAGGCGCGCCCGGGAGGGAGCCGAAGCCGCAGCCCAGGCGGCGGCGCGACAAGGAGCGAGAAGAGGAGCCGGCAGGUGCUGCAGCGCGAGUCACGGACGCUUGUUGCAAUGGACUCCCGGCCAGGAGCCCCGAGGAGGCGGCCCCGGGAAGCGACGGGCAGAGGGUCAGCUCCAGCCAGAGGUCGCCCGGGCCAGCAGCUGCUGCGGCGGCUGCCCGGGCCGGAGAGCGGUGCGCGGCGGCAGAUACGCAGGGCCGCUGCUGCUGGGAAUGCCUACAGAACAGCUCGCGGGGCCUCCCGGGCGAGCCGCACCAGGGCGCUCUCCCCGACCCCGCCACCGCCGGGGAGAAGCCUGCGCGGGCUCGGCCUGCCCAGGACGACCGCGGGGCUCCCGGGCAGUGGCUGAAAGGCGUACCGGCUGAGCCCGCGCAGGAGCCGGCAGGAACUCCCUUGCCUCCUGCGACUGUCGAGGCUGCCGGAAGCAGAGUUUCCCCGCCAGCUCUCCGGUCCCGCCCUUCCCCGCCUUCAGACGGGCGAGAGCUGCUGGCCCCAGGGGCCCUACACUACUCGACGCUGCAGCAGCAGCGUACUGUAGAGUGGGUGGCCAGACACCCCCAGAUACCCAAGGCCCGGGACCAGGGCCCCAUCCGAGCCUGGUCGGUACUGCCAGACAACUUCCUCCAGCUGUCCUUGGAACCGAGCUUCUGGGUCCCGGAGGUGAACUUAGCGCCACCAGGCCCCUCUCUUUCCUCUCACUCUCUCUUUCCUGUUGUUCCUGAUGAGUCCUCCGAAUCCUGGUCCUGGAACCCUCCACUGACAGUCUUUCGUAGCAUCCGUUGUCAGUUGUCCCUCCAAGAUCUUGAUGACUUUGUGGAUCAGGAGAGCCAUGGCAGCGAGGAGAGCAGCAGUGGGCCCAAAGAGUCCCCCGGGGGUUCUGAAGACGGCCUGCAAGUUGCCCCGUGCACCCCAGUUUGGGGAAAGCUCAGAAGUCCAGCUGGGGGCAUUUCUGUAUCUCCAAACAAGGACGGCCCCAGAAGGAGCCCUCAGGGCCUCAGGAACACAGGGAAUGGCCGCACUGCUCAGCAAGUCACAGCAGCGGUUAAUGGCCUAGCAGGGCACCCCCAGGAACUUUUGCCUUGGCCAGCUUCCAAGUUAAGGCGAUCCCUCAGGAGGAGCUUUCGGACAGGGAGAGCCAAAUUGUCCUCUUCUGAUGAGGAGAUGCUUGAUAAAGACUUGCUAAAAAGGAGUCGGCGCCCACUUCGCUCCAGGAAACCGUCCAAGGCAGGGGCAGUGCCCAGCCCAAGGGUGGAUGCCGCCUUGACACCAAAACCUGCAGACAUUAAGGCUGUUGUUGCUGAGCGGGGUCGGCCACACAGCUCUUGGGCCCCCUGUAGGGAUGGGUCUGCAGCCUUGGGCAUGCACAGACCUGAGCACAAGUCAUCCCUGGUGCCCCUAGAUGCCAGGGAGCAUGAAUGGAUUGUAAAGCUUGCCAGUGGCUCCUGGAUUCAGGUACUGACCUUGUUCUGGGAGGACCCCCAGUUGGCUUUGCACAAAGACUUCUUGACUGGGUACACUGCCUUGCACUGGAUGGCCAAGCAUGGCAACCUCAGGGCCCUUCAGGAUUUGGUCUCAGGAGCACAGAAGGCAGGGAUUGCUCUUGAUGUAAACGUGAGGUCCAGUUGUGGGUACACCCCGCUGCACCUUGCAGCCAUUCACGGCCACCAGGGGGUCAUCAAAUUGCUAGUGCAAAGACUGUCUUCUCGAGUGAAUAUCCGGGACACCAGUGGAAAGAAGCCAUGGCAGUAUCUGACCAGUAAUACCUCUGGGGAAAUAUGGCAGCUACUGGGAGCCCCUCGGGGCAAACCCAUUUUCCCUGUCUAUCCCUUAGUCCGAAGUUCUUCCCCCACCAGGAAGGCCAAGAGCCAGGAAGUAUCUAGAAGUGUCACCCGGAAGACUUCCUUUGCUGCGUUACUCAAAAGUCAGCACAGUAAAUGGAAAUUGGCCAACCAGUAUGAAAAAUUCUCCACUCCAAGGGAAAGAGAAGCAUAUAGUGAUUGAGGUGGGCCCUUUCUCCAACAUGCAGUCACUACACCCUCAUUCUUGAACUGCUCAGUAAGAGAAUUCCUGAGGAAUAGAAAAC